AUGGCCAUUUCCAGCACUUCCCCAGCACCUGAUACUGGCUCGGACGCGUUUUUGGCCAUGUCACGUGACACGGAGCUCCCUGUUACACUGGGUCACAUCACCAUUGCUUCCUCAGCACCUGAUGCUGGCUUGGGUGCAUUAUCACGUGACACUCCUGUCAUGCUGGGUCAUGUCACAAGGCAGGAGCCCAGACCUACUGUCGACUGGAAUGCCAGGCUUCUGCAGGGCUUUGAUGCAAGUUUUGCUGCCCGCCUGCAGCAACGUCAUCACCAGCCUGUCAACAUGCUGGCCCCACCUCCCACCUCCACAACUCCUUCAGUACCCCCUCCUUCAGUACCCCCUCCUUCUGAGUUGUCAGCGCCUGCUGUGACUGACUGGUCUGCUGAACUCCGUCGCCGCUGGUCUGAGAGUCACAUCACGCAGAAUCGCAAUGCUAUGGAUCAGACAAUCCAUGACCUCCGACGAUAUAACGUGAAGUUGGCAAAGGACAUCAUGUGGUGGGAAGAGCAACAUGAGCAAGACCUCAAGAAUGAUGAUAGGGAUGUGGAUACCUUCUGCUCUCAGUUGGAGGAGGCACGUAAGCAUCAAAAGCAUUGCAGGGUGGUGGAUGCUUGGCAAAAGCACAUGUUUGAGCAGAUGAAGGGAAAAAGUCGGGAGGAGCGUCAGCAUUUGGAUGAGCUAUGCAAGGAGGGCCCUCCACCUGGCUUGGAGCCUUCUGAAUAG